AUAUUCUGUAGGGUGGUAGACGUAAGACCCUGUCUCGGGACCAACGCCCGUAUUCUUGACUUGCGACAAAUAGCUAGAUAGUUUUCAAUUGUUUCUUCUCCACUUUGCAGCACUUCAUGUUUCAUAAAUGAAAAUCCAACUCGAUCUUAAAGAUCGAAUAGGGAAAGGAGCAUUUGGCUCGGUGUUUUCAGGAACCUUUGAAGACCGUCAAGUGGCAGUCAAAAGAGUUGAACUUUUAGACGCUAACGGAAACGAGGAAGACACUCUGAAACAGUUGGAUCAUCCUCACAUCGCCAAACUCUUUCACGUCGAGUUCAACGACGAAUUCAAGUACUUUGCUCUGGAACUCUGCGUCGCAUCGUUAGAUCAGAUAUUUCUGGAUUCGGAAAAUCCCAAAAAAUACAAAGGGCCUAAACUGCCACACCAUUCGACUGUUUGCUCUCAGUUGGCUUCGGGACUCGAUUACAUCCAUUUAAAGAAAUUAAUUCAUCGAGAUAUCAAGCCGGCUAAUGUACUCAUUCACGUCGAUCCUACUACUGGCCAGGUAACAAUGAAAUGGGCCGAUUUCGGUCUGUCCAGAACCGUGAAUGAGCGAGGGACAUUCACGAUCAAUAGCGGAAUCAAAGGAACCAAAAACUGGUAUGCCCCAGAGUUGCUGAAACUAAGCAGUCAAUUUCAGUCAUCCAAACAGCCCCGAGGUACCGUCAAGAGCGACGUCUUUGCACAAGGUCUCGUCUUUGCAUAUCUUCUUUUGGAUGGGCAGCACCUUUAUGGUAACGACUACGAAAUUUCUGCUAACAUUAUGGCUGACAACCCAGUCAACAUCAACAAAAUUGACCAAUCUCAUUACGCAUUGGAAUUAUUCACAAAAAUGUUGGUGCAUGAUCACGAAGGUAGAAUUUCAUCAGGCGAUGUCGCUACUCAAUUAAAUAUCAUCAAGCAAAAACUUGCCGAAAAAGAAUGGGAGUUGCGUCAACUUUGCAAAGAAAGACACGUGAAUUUAAACAAAAUCAAAUCGUUAAUCCAAUUCGGGAUCGACGUCAAUGGCAAAGACGAAGACGGCAACAACGCACUCCAUUUACUGUGCACUAAUCAUUCAAGCGAAAGAUUAAUCGAGGCAAUCGCACCACUGAUCAAAUCCAAGAUUGAUGUCAAGGGGGAAAACAACUACGGAAGCAACGCAUUGCAUUUAUUGUGUCUUAAUAAUUCAAGCAAAGGAUUAAUCGAGGCAAUGAAUUUACUCAUCCAACAGGGAAUCGAUGUCAACAGGAAAGACAACUACGGGAGAAACGCACUGCAUUACUUGUGUUAUUCCAAUUCAAGCGACAAAUUAGUUGACGCAAUCGAAUUUUUAGUUCAACGCGGGAUCGACGUGCAUGGGAUCGAUAAAGACGGAUGGAACGCACUCCAUUUAUUGUGUCGAUUUAAUUCAAGCAAAAGAUUUAUCGAAGCAAUCAAAUUAUUAAUCCAACUCGGAAUUGACGUCAAAUCCAACGGCAACAUCGAUGCCCGAAUUCUGUUACGAAUCAACUCCACUUUUAAUCAAAGUGAAAAAACUGAUGAUAUCGUACAACUCCUCGACAAAGCCGCUAGCUAGCCAAAUAAUAGGAUUCAGUUUGGGAAUUUUCAACGCGGAAAAACAAAACAUAUUUACGUGUAAACUGUACACAUUUUAAAAAAUGUGCAUAAUUUACCAUACUCGGAAACAAUCUGUAGGUAAGACAAAUACGCAAAAAAUGCUUAAAUUUAAACGGACUUGCAUGGAAGGAAACUCACUUCCUUUCAUGUGUCAAUUAAAUUAUACUCCGAAAAAGUAAAAAAGGUAAAAAGAAGGAAUCCAUAAUUUUUUUUGUUCCAGUUCGGAAUUGAUGUGCUAAACAAAACAAAAAACCGGAAGCGAUUCCAAAAAUUAUUUCCGUAAAAUGCCAUUUUUUAAAAAAUAGUCGAGGUUCGACAAAUUUAAACGUGGCGUCCAAAUCAAGUUAAUCAUCACAGAUGGACGAGCGUGUAACUACAGACCCGAUUUUCCAUGCAAGAUUCCUUAUAUAAAAGUGGUUUAAAAUAGAAAAAAAAAAAUGUCAGUAUACGUAAUUCGAUGUAAUGGCUUUCCUUCCUUCAACUUGAAAUGCUGUGCUGUUUGUAGUCUACGAUUAAAUAUUUUCAAUUUGAAAUAAAUCAAAUCUAGCGGGGAAAAUUUUUUUUGUUUGAAGAAGCUGGCAUAAAUAGCCUACUGAGAAAGAGCACAUAUUCUACUAGACAAAAAUUAUAUGUGUAACAAUAUCCGCUUAAUUGCACGAAUAAUCGCACACCACACAGUGU